AUGGCUACUGAAAGUCUUCAAGCUCGACUGACUGAAUUCGAGCGUCAAGCUCGUGGUGUAUGCAUAGGUGUAAAUCAUUUAGCACUUGACAGUGAACGUGUUAGACAAGCUGAAUUAUUACAGAAAAUUAUACAACUAGAAAAAGAUAUUCAACAAUCUAGUGCACAAAAAUCACAUUUACCUGACGCAGUCGCUGAGAUUCGUGAUGAUGUGAAAAAUAAUACAUCAGCAUUACGUUAUUUAGAAACAAUAUCUCAAUUGGAGAAUUCAUUUACAGUUCUAACAGAAAAUGUCACUGAAACCUCUGUACAAUUAAGUGCUCCUAAGGAAUUAAAAGAUGAAGUUCAUGUGAAAAAAGAAUUAACUGGUAAUGUGAAAAGUUGUUGGACAUAUGUUUCUCAAUUGGCCCGGUUAAGUCAAGUACACAUUAGGAAUGCCGCUGAAUAUCAUCAGUUUCACCAUGCAGUUAAUGAAGCUGAAGCCAGUUUGAAAGCACGUGUACGAAUGACAGAACCGAGAAAUUCAAGAGCAUUACCUGCAACUUUGAAAAAUUGUACAAUUUUGGCCAAUGAAUUGAGAGAACAUCUUAAUCAUAUGAUUCAUUUAUGGGGUCGAUCAGGCAAUUUGCUUGAAGAAAGCCGACGUAUUGUCCCUGUUCACUUAAGACUAGGCGGUGUUAUUGAUGGUCUGAGUACUAAUACAGAAUCCGCUAGUCCAGUUAUGGCUCGUAUGUUAACUUCAUUGACAGGACCAAAUUAUGAAUUAAAAGAAGGUGAAGAAGUACGCGUUAUAUCGAAUAAAGAUGAUCAACACUUUUGGACAGUGCAAACAAGUAAUGGUAUAGUGAAAAUACCAUCUGUUUGUUUAUGGAUAAGUGAUCCAGAUUUAGAAGCUGUAAAACGAUCAGUGAUACUUCGUGAAAAAUGUGUUGAAUCAUGGGAUUUACUUGCGGAAAGAUCACGUGAACGACUAAGAUCGUAUUAUAGUUGUUUAUUAAAUCAAAUGGCAGAAAAUGGAGAUAUUCAAUAUCAGCAUAAAAUAGCUAUGGAUAAUUUUCUGGAAGAUUUAAGAGGUCUUCUCUUACCUAAUGAUACAAGAGCAGCUGAAUUAAGUCAAGCUAUAUAUGCAUUCACAGACAGAUUAAAAAUGACAGAUAUUAGUCGACAACGUAGUUCACCUGGUGGAGUAGUUUUAAGAGAACAAGAUAUUGUUUGUAUGCAUAGUCCAUUGUUAAGACUACGUGAUCAUGAACGGCAAAUGGACCAUUUACGUGCACAAUCUGAACUGGCUGGAACUCAUAUGACAAAUUAUUUACGUGAAAUUGAUGCAGAUCAAAAACGAGUUGAUCAAGAAUUAUCGUUGAUAGAUCAGUUACAACAUGAGAGUCAGUCACAGUUGGAUCAAUUGAUAAAUCGUGUGAAAAGAUGGAGUAGCCGAUAUGAACAUGAACCGAAUGUUGAUUCUAGUAUAACCAAUUCUAGAAUAAGUUCUAGUUUAAAAUCUAGUACAAUAUCUGACAAUUGGACAGGUAAUAAUCAAAUGUAUCCAGUAGAUGCAAGAUCACCUCAAUCUAUAGUUAGAGAAACAUCCCGAUUAUCGUCCAGAACAAGAUCAGAAUCAAUUCCAUGUCCAGUACUUGAUGCUAUUACACAAAUCGGUGUUACGACCAAAACAUCAGGGACUCAAAUUUCUGAUGACGGUGAUAUGGGUCGUAAUAAAAUAGAUUUAUGUAUUUCUAAAAGACAAUUUAUGCCAGCGACGAUUCCUGAAAGAAAACAAGUAAGAAAUGCAAUAACUCAAAUUGGAGUUUCAAAAGUCGACGCAGGCACACAAGAUGACUAUCAUGGAUACAGUCCUAAGCGUUCAGUUAAAGAAGUACUAUGUCAAGUAGGUCAAAUUACAGCAAAUGCUUCAUGUCAAACAUUAGGACAUUACAAGCUACAACAAACGCCUAAAAAGCCAACUUUGGAUGCGAUAGUUCAAUCUGGUGUUAUCACUAAGAAUAAUUCCACUCAGUCAGAAUGCAUCACAGAAACCGUUGUGAAAAUGGACAUACUUGAAUCACAAAAAAGUGCACGAAAAUACAGCGUACUAGAUGCUAUCUGUCAAAUAGGACAGGUUACACAAACAACUGGAACACAAAUAGAAAUAGAGAAUACAGAAAGAAAUAAGAAAAAUCAUGGAGUACAAGCAGAAAUCAAAAAGGUAUGGCAGCACCCAAUAAAAACGACUGAAGCCGCAUGUCAAAUAGGUAGGAUAACGGUUAACGCAAGUACAGAGAUGUCACCAAUGAUCAUCAGUAUGGAAGAAAUGAUAAGAAAACAAAUGAAGAAAAGUGAUAUGAUAUGCCAAAUAGGUAAAGUACAAGUAGAACAAUCAACACAGGCCGACUUAAUUAAGCAUAUGUUGCGUAAACCAUCGUCCGAUGUAGUAUGUCAAGUAGGAAGUGUUAUGGAAUCUUCAGGGAUCCAGAUAGAUGAACCCCAUAAAACUUCAAUGUUACUAGCGGGAACUCAAAGUGCCAAAACAACGACAUACACCAAGGAGAUUCAGACAGAUAUGGGAUUCCGAGUGGAACCGAAGUUUGUGUCGAAGGCUGUCAACGAUGUUAUAUGUCAGGUCGGUCAGGUAAACCAUGAAGUUUCCACACAGUCAGUUGAAUACGUCACCGCUAGACCAGCAUACAAGGAUACUGGCAUUGAUCCGAUUCACAUGUGGGAAAAGAAGAUGGCCAACGAUGUCGUCACACAAACAGGAAUUGUCCACACAUCAAAAAUAACACAAGCUGAACUGAUACAAGAACAACCGGUGUAUGUGAAGCCAAUAGAAACACAGGAUGUACCGAUCACAUCGUACAAAGAAACUGUAGAUGCCUACCAACAGGCCGACUUAAUUAAGCAUAUGUUGCGUAAACCAUCGUCCGAUGUAGUAUGUCAAGUAGGAAGUGUUAUGGAAUCUUCAGGGAUCCAGAUAGAUGAACCCCAUAAAACUUCAAUGUUACUAGCGGGAACUCAAAGUGCCAAAACAACGACAUACACCAAGGAGAUUCAGACAGAUAUGGGAUUCCGAGUGGAACCGAAGUUUGUGUCGAAGGCUGUCAACGAUGUUAUAUGUCAGGUCGGUCAGGUAAACCAUGAAGUUUCCACACAGUCAGUUGAAUACGUCACCGCUAGACCAGCAUACAAGGAUACUGGCAUUGAUCCGAUUCACAUGUGGGAAAAGAAGAUGGCCAACGAUGUCGUCACACAAACAGGAAUUGUCCACACAUCAAAAAUAACACAAGCUGAACUGAUACAAGAACAACCGGUGUAUGUGAAGCCAAUAGAAACACAGGAUGUACCGAUCACAUCGUACAAAGAAACUGUAGAUGCCUACCAACAGGCCGACUUAAUUAAGCAUAUGUUGCGUAAACCAUCGUCCGAUGUAGUAUGUCAAGUAGGAAGUGUUAUGGAAUCUUCAGGGAUCCAGAUAGAUGAACCCCAUAAAACUUCAAUGUUACUAGCGGGAACUCAAAGUGCCAAAACAACGACAUACACCAAGGAGAUUCAGACAGAUAUGGGAUUCCGAGUGGAACCGAAGUUUGUGUCGAAGGCUGUCAACGAUGUUAUAUGUCAGGUCGGUCAGGUAAACCAUGAAGUUUCCACACAGUCAGUUGAAUACGUCACCGCUAGACCAGCAUACAAGGAUACUGGCAUUGAUCCGAUUCACAUGUGGGAAAAGAAGAUGGCCAACGAUGUCGUCACACAAACAGGAAUUGUCCACACAUCAAAAAUAACACAAGCUGAACUGAUACAAGAACAACCGGUGUAUGUGAAGCCAAUAGAAACACAGGAUGUACCGAUCACAUCGUACAAAGAAACUGUAGAUGCCUACCAACAGGCCGACUUAAUUAAGCAUAUGUUGCGUAAACCAUCGUCCGAUGUAGUAUGUCAAGUAGGAAGUGUUAUGGAAUCUUCAGGGAUCCAGAUAGAUGAACCCCAUAAAACUUCAAUGUUACUAGCGGGAACUCAAAGUGCCAAAACAACGACAUACACCAAGGAGAUUCAGACAGAUAUGGGAUUCCGAGUGGAACCGAAGUUUGUGUCGAAGGCUGUCAACGAUGUUAUAUGUCAGGUCGGUCAGGUAAACCAUGAAGUUUCCACACAGUCAGUUGAAUACGUCACCGCUAGACCAGCAUACAAGGAUACUGGCAUUGAUCCGAUUCACAUGUGGGAAAAGAAGAUGGCCAACGAUGUCGUCACACAAACAGGAAUUGUCCACACAUCAAAAAUAACACAAGCUGAACUGAUACAAGAACAACCGGUGUAUGUGAAGCCAAUAGAAACACAGGAUGUACCGAUCACAUCGUACAAAGAAACUGUAGAUGCCUACCAACAGGCCGACUUAAUUAAGCAUAUGUUGCGUAAACCAUCGUCCGAUGUAGUAUGUCAAGUAGGAAGUGUUAUGGAAUCUUCAGGGAUCCAGAUAGAUGAACCCCAUAAAACUUCAAUGUUACUAGCGGGAACUCAAAGUGCCAAAACAACGACAUACACCAAGGAGAUUCAGACAGAUAUGGGAUUCCGAGUGGAACCGAAGUUUGUGUCGAAGGCUGUCAACGAUGUUAUAUGUCAGGUCGGUCAGGUAAACCAUGAAGUUUCCACACAGUCAGUUGAAUACGUCACCGCUAGACCAGCAUACAAGGAUACUGGCAUUGAUCCGAUUCACAUGUGGGAAAAGAAGAUGGCCAACGAUGUCGUCACACAAACAGGAAUUGUCCACACAUCAAAAAUAACACAAGCUGAACUGAUACAAGAACAACCGGUGUAUGUGAAGCCAAUAGAAACACAGGAUGUACCGAUCACAUCGUACAAAGAAACUGUAGAUGCCUACCAACAGGCCGACUUAAUUAAGCAUAUGUUGCGUAAACCAUCGUCCGAUGUAGUAUGUCAAGUAGGAAGUGUUAUGGAAUCUUCAGGGAUCCAGAUAGAUGAACCCCAUAAAACUUCAAUGUUACUAGCGGGAACUCAAAGUGCCAAAACAACGACAUACACCAAGGAGAUUCAGACAGAUAUGGGAUUCCGAGUGGAACCGAAUGUGAUUCACAGUGAAAAAUCACCUUCAUUAGUAGGCAAGAAGGUUCAGGCAACGAUGCGUCAAUCAGUUGACAACACAAGCACACAGACUGAUCCGAUGGCUCAAGUCCCUACUGCACUACCAAAAACCACGUUCGAUGUUGUGACUCAAUCUGGUACUAUCCACUGUGCACAGUCAGUUCAGACUAUUCCAGAGGAACGACCAGUUUUCCAUACUGUCGGUGUAGGAGUUGAUCAUACUGGGAGAUUGCAGCCCGUGUUAUACGAGAACGUUCAGGCGACAAUGCGUCAAUCAGUUGACAACACAAGCACACAGACUGAUCCGAUGGCUCAAGUCCCUACUGCACUACCAAAAACCACGUUCGAUGUUGUGACUCAAUCUGGUACUAUCCACUGUGCACAGUCAGUUCAGACUAUUCCAGAGGAACGACCAGUAUUCCAUACUGCAGACGUCAGUGUGAUUCACAGUGAAAAAUCACCUUCAUUAGUAGGCAAGAAGGUUCAGGCAACGAUGCGUCAAUCAGUUGACAACACAAGCACGCAGACUGAUCCGAUGGCUCAAGUCCCUACUGCACUACCAAAAACCACGUUCGAUGUUGUGACUCAAUCUGGUACUAUCCACUGUGCACAGUCAGUUCAGACUAUUCCAGAGGAACGACCAGUAUUCCAUACUGCAGACGUCAGUGUGAUUCACAGUGAAAAAUCACCUUCAUUAGUAGGCAAGAAGGUUCAGGUAACGAUGCGUCAAUCAGUUGACAACACAAGCACACAGACUGAUCCGAUGGCUCAAGUCCCUACUGCACUACCAAAAACCACGUUCGAUGUUGUGACUCAAUCUGGUACUCUGUCUGUUACUGUUGGCUGUCAAGCUGUUCUUAUAUCGGAAGACGUUUUGAUGAAGGAUGUUGCUGUUGAAUAUGUUAGAUCGUUAAAUCCGUUUUUCUCUAAGGCUAUCCAAGCUAGUUUACAAGUUGAAAGUAAAAACAUUGAAAUACAAUGUCUGAUAAGAGAUAAACGUUUAGUGAAUAUUCGAAAUGCAGAAGCUCAAUUCGACGUAUUUUGCCGUCAGGGAGAAACUCAAACUUUUGAUUUAUCUUUAACAACUACGAAAGAAGGAAGUGUUCAGCACACACCAACGACUACACAGUUAAUAAAUAAAAAGCUACAAGUAACUGUAUCCCAGUCAGUUCGAGAGGCAGCCGCGCAAACAUGCGAAUCAAUACCAGUUGUAACAGUACCCACGAUGCAAAGAAUUUAUCACUCUACACAGACACAUGAAACAACAUCACAAACUGAGAGUCUAGAAGUUUUUGACCGUCAGUCCUACGCGCAAAUCAAAUGUAAAACAAUUGAUAUAGAAAUACAAUCACGAAUCGAUUGCAAAUCACAGGGAUUGCAGACAACAAUAGAGCAAAAAGCAUUCAUGAUGACAAAAGAAACUAGCACACAGUAUGAGGCAGUUCAAACGACAAUGAUAAAUGUAGAUAUUCAAGCAGAUGCUCGAUAUCCAGUGGCCAAUUCUUACGUCCAAACGGAUGAAGGUCAACUGAUACAUAACAAGCAGAAACAGCAGACGAAUUUACAGACACAAUCAGGAAUAAGUCAAAAAGAACAGGCAUCACAAACAUUAGAUGUUCAAACAACAGUGAACAAGACCGACGUUAGUGUAACUUAUGAAAUUAAAAAUCGACAAAUAAACAAGAAGUUGCAAGCAACAAUAAUGUCUGACAUGAAAGACAUAAUCAUACAAACAGAAAUAGUAGGAACCUCCGCAUUUCAAAAACCAAGAAAAACUACAUUUGAUGUGCAAACACAAUCAGGAUCAGUCACGAUAAAUUCUGAAACACAAACACCACACAAACCGAAACUAAUCCCAAAUAUAAAGGAUGUGAGUGUUAUUCAUGAGCCACAUCAUGUUCAAACAGUAAACAAGAAACUUCAAGCUGUGGUAUACCCUCCAUCUGGCGAUGUGUGUUUGCAAACCGAAGAGGUAAGCGUACAACCUGUCAAACCCGUUGCUCAGGAGUUUUCUCGAGCGCCGCAAGUCGCACAUAAGCAAACACAAGCAGAAUGGCUGAAUGCCAAUAUAAAAACUUUUGAUAUACAAGCACAAUCAGGGAUGGUUGUCAAGACACAGUCAACACAAACUAUUCAACAAGAACAACCAAUACUCAAUACUGCAGACGUCAGUGUGAUUCACAGUGAAAAAUCACCUUCACUAAUGAACAAGAAACUUCAGGCGACAAUACGUCAAUCAGUUGAGAACACAAGCACACAGACUGAUCCGAUGGCUCAAGUCCCUACUGCACUACCAAAAACCACGUUCGAUGUUGUGACUCAAUCUGGUACUAUCCACUGUGCACAGUCAGUUCAGACUAUUCCAGAGGAACGACCAGUAUUCCAUACUGCAGACGUCAGUGUGAUUCACAGUGAAAAAUCACCUUCAUUAGUAGGCAAGAAGGUUCAGGCAACGAUGCGUCAAUCAGUUGACAACACAAGCACACAGACUGAUCCGAUGGCUCAAGUCCCUACUGCACUACCAAAAACCACGUUCGAUGUUGUGACUCAAUCUGGUACUAUCCACUGUGCACAGUCAGUUCAGACUAUUCCAGAGGAACGACCAGUAUUCCAUACUGCAGACGUCAGUGUGAUUCACAGUGAAAAAUCACCUUCAUUAGUAGGCAAGAAGGUUCAGGCAACGAUGCGUCAAUCAGUUGACAACACAAGCACACAGACUGAUCCGAUGGCUCAAGUCCCUACUGCACUACCAAAAACCACGUUCGAUGUUGUGACUCAAUCUGGUACUAUCCACUGUGCACAGUCAGUUCAGACUAUUCCAGAGGAGCGACCAGUUUUCCAUACUGUCGGUGUAGGAGUUGAUCAUACUGGGAGAUUGCAGCCCGUGUUAUACGAGAACGUUCAGGCGACAAUGCGUCAAUCAGUUGACAACACAAGCACACAGACUGAUCCGAUGGCUCAAGUCCCUACUGCACUACCAAAAACCACGUUCGAUGUUGUGACUCAAUCUGGUACUAUCCACUGUGCACAGUCAGUUCAGACUAUUCCAGAGGAACGACCAGUAUUCCAUACUGCAGACGUCAGUGUGAUUCACAGUGAAAAAUCACCUUCAUUAGUAGGCAAGAAGGUUCAGGCAACGAUGCGUCAAUCAGUUGACAACACAAGCACACAGACUGAUCCGAUGGCUCAAGUCCCUACUGCACUACCAAAAACCACGUUCGAUGUUGUGACUCAAUCUGGUACUAUCCACUGUGCACAGUCAGUUCAGACUAUUCCAGAGGAACGACCAGUAUUCCAUACUGCAGACGUCAGUGUGAUUCACAGUGAAAAAUCACCUUCAUUAGUAGGCAAGAAGGUUCAGGCAACGAUGCGUCAAUCAGUUGACAACACAAGCACACAGACUGAUCCGAUGGCUCAAGUCCCUACUGCACUACCAAAAACCACGUUCGAUGUUGUGACUCAAUCUGGUACUAUCCACUGUGCACAGUCAGUUCAGACUAUUCCAGAGGAACGACCAGUUUUCCAUACUGUCGGUGUAGGAGUUGAUCAUACUGGGAGAUUGCAGCCCGUGUUAUACGAGAACGUUCAGGCGACAAUGCGUCAAUCAGUUGACAACACAAGCACACAGACUGAUCCGAUGGCUCAAGUCCCUACUGCACUACCAAAAACCACGUUCGAUGUUGUGACUCAAUCUGGUACUAUCCACUGUGCACAGUCAGUUCAGACUAUUCCAGAGGAGCGACCAGUUUUCCAUACUGUCGGUGUAGGAGUUGAUCAUACUGGGAGAUUGCAGCCCGUGUUAUACGAGAACGUUCAGGCGACAAUGCGUCAAUCAGUUGACAACACAAGCACACAGACUGAUCCGAUGGCUCAAGUCCCUACUGCACUACCAAAAACCACGUUCGAUGUUGUGACUCAAUCUGGUACUAUCCACUGUGCACAGUCAGUUCAGACUAUUCCAGAGGAACGACCAGUUUUCCGUACGGUUAAUUUGAGCGUUGAUCAUUUUGAUCCUGUGCCCAUUGUUCGAUCAACAGUCUCAUCGACAAUGCAUACUCUUCCUAACACAUCACAAUCAACACAGACCACACUCACUAAACUAGCGGAUACAUUCUGUCAAGCAACCUUACCUUCUACAACAUACGACGUCCAAAUUCAAUCUGGAGUAAUACAUUCCGUAGAUGGGACACAGACUGUCGAUUUAAGUUCACCUGUUGAGUUGAAAGAAAUGAGUGUCGCACACGAAAAGGAACGAACUAUUCUGAAAGGGAAAAAGCUUCAGGUUCGUUGUGAUUCGAUUGAUCUGGGUGUCCAAACAGAUCAAAUUACCCCCAUUGUUCAGUCAACAAUCUCAUCGACAAUGCAUACUCUUCCUAACACAUCACAAUCAACACAGACCACACUCACUAAACUAGCGGAUACAUUCUGUCAAGCAACCUUACCUUCUACAGCAUACGACGUCCAAAUUCAAUCUGGAGUAAUACAUUCCGUAGAUGGGACACAGACUGUCGAUUUAAGUUCACCUGUUGAGUUGAAAGAAAUGAGUGUCACACACGAAAAGGAACGAACUAUUCUGAAAGGGAAAAAGCUUCAGGUUCGUUGUGAUUCGAUUGAUCUGGGUGUCCAAACAGAUCAAAUUACCCCCAUUGUUCAGUCAACAAUCUCAUCGACAAUGCAUACCCUUCCUAACACAUCACAAUCAACACAGACCACACUCACUAAACUAGCGGAUACAUUCUGUCAAGCAACCUUACCUUCUACAACAUACGACGUCCAAAUUCAAUCUGGAGUAAUACAUUCCGUAGAUGGGACACAGACUGUCGAUUUAAGUUCACCUGUUGAGUUGAAAGAAAUGAGUGUCGCACACGAAAAGGAACGAACUAUUCUGAAAGGGAAAAAGCUUCAGGUUCGUUGUGAUUCGAUUGAUCUGGGUGUCCAAACAGAUCAAAUUACCCCCAUUGUUCAGUCAACAAUCUCAUCGACAAUGCAUACUCUUCCUAACACAUCACAAUCAACACAGACCACACUCACUAAACUAGCGGAUACAUUCUGUCAAGCAACCUUACCUUCUACAACAUACGACGUCCAAAUUCAAUCUGGAGUAAUACAUUCCGUAGAUGGGACACAGACUGUCGAUUUAAGUUCACCUGUUGAGUUGAAAGAAAUGAGUGUCGCACACGAAAAGGAACGAACUAUUCUGAAAGGGAAAAAGCUUCAGGUUCGUUGUGAUUCGAUUGAUCUGGGUGUCCAAACAGAUCAUAAUAUGCCUACUGUUCACUUGGACAGUAAAUUAACUCAAACUGCUUUAGUUCGUUAUACGGAUGUAUCAUGUCAGUAUACUGAACUCACGAAGCCUUCAUCAACUAGUCAUUCAGUAACGUCCAGAGUUGUUAGCAUUCAAACAGAUGUGCCUUUUUUAACAAACGUACGUGUGGAUCAACGGAACAAGAAAUUUCAAGUAAAUCUAAUAUCGCCUUCAUCACCAAAGAGUCCAACAAAUGUAGCCUCUAUAGGAACACAAACUUCAGAUUAUAGAUACCAGGAUAUAAGUAUUGAACAGGUUGAUAAAACAACAGCUCCGUCAGUGGAUGCACAUGUGUUUCAUGAUUCAGCGUCUAACGUGACAAGCACUUCACAAGCAAUACCAAAAAUAAAAAUAGAUCAAGAGUGCCAAGUAAAAAUAACUCCUCAACAAUAUCAAAAGAAACUUCAGUAUGGUUCCUCAUUUUCUACAUUAAAAAAUACAUCUUCUCAAACUAUACAGGACAGUUGUCUUUGUGACCAUCAUAAAACUUCUUUGUUAUCAAGUAUUGGAGUUCAGGCGAGUAAUAUACGACCAGUAGUUACAGUAGACACAGGGACUCAAGAAACAAGACCAAGUGAGACUUCUCCAUCACCUUUACAAGUUAAGAACAAAAAAUUACAAGUCUACCCCUCUAAACUUGGUGAACAAGUAGAAGAGGAAUUUAUACAUCCUCAAGAGACAAUCUGCAAAGAAAUUUCAACCUCAUUAACUGAGACAACACAGACAGAUGAGUGUUUAUUAAAAAAUAUCGAAUGUUUCAAGUGUAUAUCACGGGGAUAUGAUAAGAAAACGAUUGAUAAAGAUAUGCAAUCGGAAGAAAAAUCAAUAAGAACAAAACAAACAGCAUCCAGUACAGUGAAAUCAAAUUACUUUACACGUAUUCUCCAAAUGGAAACUAUUCCUGAAAAGCCAAAAGCAUCAGACACAUCCGAUGUGCUGAAACUAUUCAGAGAGUCCGGCUAUAGAGCUAAGUGUGAAUCAAAGAAUGUCCAAACUGAUACGUUUUUGUUAGGAAGUAUUCAGUUACUUGAAAGUAGGGAAGUUGAUAGCGUGGGAAAAAUUUCGAAAAAGACCACAAUUAUUCAGCUGGAAAAGUUAACUACGGAUAAGUGUGUAGAUACUAUGCCCUUUGAAAAAGGACUUAUAGGAUCUCAAACAUCCUAUCAUGAUAUCCAGACAUCUGAAAGGAGAAAUAUAAAGUUACUAAAAGAAACACCAUGGUCAGAAGCACAAGCAUCAAAUGUUCUGCAAGAUAUUCAAUAUGAAAUAAGACAUCCUCAAAUGAUAGAUUCAAGUGGAAGUUACUCACCUCAACAAAAUUCAGUUUCAGUUAGUGCACGACCAACUACUCAUAUGCUUGCUCAUACAGAAUCAACAAGUAGAAAUGGAAAUGGAAAGGUUAAGACACCGUAUCAAUAUUUAAAACCAGAUGUUGUAAGUUGGGGAGUACAAUUUGCACCAGUAACACUUACUGGGGUAACGCAAACCACUGAAUCUUCGAAACAUAAGUUAACUAUCGAUUCACCAGUAAACAUAGGUGUACAAACAGAUGCGAUUGAAGAUGACUAUUAUAUAAAAAGAGUUGUAACGACAAUAGCUAGGAAAGGUCUGUCAUCUUAUUGUCGCCGAGGUCCAGUAGCCAAAAGAAUUGUAGAAUGCACUGAUCUAUUGACAUCGAGUUUACCUAGUAACCUAGAUGAAGAGUUCGAUGAAGAAACAACAAUUGGACCAAGAACAACGAAGGUCACAACUAUGCAAAAACGUGGAGAUCGUCGAGUAGUACAUGAAGAGUUACUUACAGAGGACUAUAGGGAAAGAGGAAGUUCACUUGACUCUCAUGUAGCCCACGAACGGUUUCUGAGAGAAACACACCCACAGGAUAUCGAUUUGCAUGGAAUGCAUGAACAUGAGACAGACAUAUAUACUGAUGCUGAAAUCUGUUUGCAGAAUUUACUGAAAGUAUGGGGAGAGCAAUACUUGCUUUCUAGAUUAAGAACGAUUGGUAGACACUCAGAGCUUUCAGUUAGUCUUGAUCGAAGUAUACAUACAGCGGAAAAAUCACGGCUAGUUGAAGCGAAGACACAGUUUACUUCAACGGGAAACUUAGUGAGUCAAAUCAGAAAUCUUGAGAACAUAGGAACACAGACCAGUAAUAUUCUCCUUACCACUCGACCUCCACAUAAAAAUAAACGGAUACAACGCGGUCGUAGCUUCAUUUCUGGAGGAACAAAUCAGCCACCACCGACGCGUAGUGGCUCGGUAGUAAGUCCACUGUCGCCAACUACCGAAGAGCUGACAAGUCACCAUCGUCAACACGGGAUAACAAGCAUGCAGACACGUACUUCUCAUCCAUUUAAUUUGGCCACUACCACAUUUACAGAGACUACACAAGAGCAAUCGACAUUCAGUAUUGAACAUACAGUCCAGACUUAUAUAUGUCCAACAUGUGGAAGUCAAGCUAGCAUCCCAGUGACCGUUCAUUCACAAAUACAACCUCAAACACUUCCAAUAAUGCAAUUAAAAGACGCCCAAUCACAAACUCGGUUUGUGGGGCAGAUGACAACUGAUGAUAACUGCACAUAUCUACCAACUUACCUAAGUGAUGAGGAAGUAAUUCGCAUAAAUCAGAGCCAGAAAAUUGAAGACAAAGAAUUUUCGAUAGUGACAUGGCAUCCAGCAGAAAUACGAGAUACAGAACGCCGUAAGGACAGCGACACAAGUAACCAGGUACGAGAUGAAGUUUGGGUUGAUAGUCCUGGGAAAUUGCUGGAGCUCAAAAUAACUGGAGUAAUAGUACCUGGAACAAGCAAAAUCAUUAGCGCAAGUGAAGCAUUUUAUCGUGGUUUACUAAGAGUAGUAUACUGGGAUUAUGAAAAACUUGGACCUAGGCAAUCAUCAGUAGAUUCAACAGUUUCCAUACCACUGGCAGAUGCAGUGAUUUCUAAGGCAGUUCGGUUAGCUAGUGAUAGAAUAUCAACAGAAGCGGAGCCAUCAUUGGAUGCCAAAAUAGUUUGGAGAACACCAGAGAUACAACGAAGUAGGUAUUUAGUACAUUCAAUUAGACCUGAUGCAGGUCAAAACAAACAUAACCCAAUUAAUCUGGACGUUGCAUCUGCAAUACGAGCUGGUCUAAUUGACAAAGAAACCGGUCGAAUGUUGUUUACACAUUCUAUUUACGAGUCACCAUUCAGUACUGAUUCAUUGAUAAGUAAAAAAGGUGAUAGUAGCUCUGACCAAACUGAACGACUGUCUGUCAGAGAAGCAAUUGUACGUGGAUUUUUAGUUGCAGAAUUAAUAGAACCAGAAUCAUCGUAUAUAGCAAAGCAAAGUUUACCAUUUAUUGUCCCAAGCACAAGUUAUUCACACUCUCCAACUGAUGUUGACAUUUGA